UGGUCCACAAAUGAUCUUCUAGAACUUUCUGGGCUAACAGGAGGAAAGCAUGGCGCCGUGGUGGACGCUCCUCUUCUUGGUGUCCAUGGCGCCGCAGACACUCGGUCAAAGUGGAGACGAUGACGGAGGUUCAGGCUUCCUCUCUGGAAACUCCUCGCUCCGUGCUGUCGGCGACGAGCCCGGCGGGGUGAGAAGGGACCCGGUUGGAGCGGCGUCUCCACCUCUCAGCUCCGAGGCUCUGCAGGAUCCGUGCUCCGUCCGCUUCAGCACCCGGCCGUCAGCCCAGAAGCUGCAGAGAGAGGAGAUGGCCGUCCUGCAGGCCAUCCAGCGCCGAAACAAGGAGGUGAUGGAGCGGCUGGAGCACUACGUGGAGGCGGAGCUUAGUGACCAGAGUUAUGAAGACGUGAUCAAGGAAAACAUCGUCGGCGUUCAAGACGACCUCAAAGUCUGCAGCAUGGAGGUGGAGAAGGCCGAGGAGGACCUGGAGAGGGAGCUGGAGGGAGAAACGACGGACUCCAUCGCUGUGAUGCAGAAAAUCAGAACCGAGUCGUCCGCCGUGGACGGCCUGCUGCAGGCUACAGAGGGCGUGGCCCGCCGGCUGGAGAGCUCGUGGCAGAACCUGGAAGCUUCCUUCUCCAGAACCAGCACCAAACUGCACCGCUGAAGACCCGGCCCGUCUCAGCAGAGACCAGAACCAUCCUGCAGUCAUUGGAUCAGAGACUGAAACCCAGUUCAUGCUGAAACGCUCAAACUGCAUUUCCUCACAAAUGUCUCAACCUCCUACUUUCCAUUCAGGCCUCAUUUGUCGACGCGGGGAGGUCAAACAGAGCCGCUGAAUAUUUAUGAAUCCUGAGGAGGAAAUGGAGCGGUACGCUGGUUCCAGGGCGGGAAGGGGGGUCAGGAGAGGCUCAGCCGAACCGGGGGGUGGGGGGGUCUCUGCUGCAUCCAAACUGGAGAAAGUCCUUUGUAAGCAUUUCUGUUUUCCUCCUUUGGAAUUCUGAUUAUCUGUAACGUUUGAAAGAAUAAAGUUUUUUUAGUAUUUCUGGCAGAUUUAAAGUCAGUGUUUGAGUCAGCGAUCCUUUCUGGGGAGAAAAAGUACUCUUGAAGUUUACUUUAUUAGGUAUACGUCCACAAAGUACUUAAGUAUACCCCGAGUGUCCAUGUACAAGUACUAUAGGAAGUUUACUAACUAAAAGUGUCUUCAGAAGUUUACCAGCGGCCCAGCGGCCCUGUGGGAGAGUGUCUGUCCUGAGACUGGAAGGUCGUGAGUUCAAAUCCAACCCGUCACACCAAAAAUGGGAUUAGAAAUCUCCCUACUUGGGGGUUUAAACCCCCAAAUGGUUCCUGAGUACGGCUGUGUCUGCAGGUCACCCCUCCCCGUAAGGAGAACAAAUUUCACGACUCAUGGGACUUGACUUUACAAUAUAAAAAAGUAAACUUCAGUACACGGUCUCACUUUAGUAGAGACUACCUAUACUUGUAGUACAUUUACAUAUUUGCAGUUUUUGGUUGGGCUUGAAAUUUCACUUUAGACAGAACAAACUGCAAAAACAGGUCUCUUAAAAUAUGUCAAAAAGUCUUACCCCAUCUACUGAUUAUAUCUAAAAAAAGCAAAAUAAUAAAAUAAAAUACAAUGAAAAAAAAA